UGCAUCUUUUUCAGACAUCGGUUAAAGGAGGAAAGUUUUUGAGAGCAGAGAAUGAGAGGGAGCAUUUUGCAUAAAGACAUUUAUGGAUAUAAUAUUUGGCUAUAAUCAUCAAAAGCAUUAUCUAAGAAUUCCACAUUUUUUUAUUGAUAUAUAAACCAAACUGGAUUAUUUGCAAGGAAUUAAAGUCCACAUUUAUAGAUCUAGAUCUGAAGUCGAUCCCAUAGGUUUCUUACUUCUUUACAUUCAUAAAAGAAAUGAUUAAGUCUCCUUAUUUUCACAGACCUCGAAGGAUCCAGUCCACACAGAACGAGGAUACAGCCUUUCAAAAUCGAUGUUUGUAUAAUUUCCCUCAAGAAGUCAGCCUGUACUUCUCGUGUGGAGGAAUUAUCUUGAUGUGCAAAUGCUCUCUUCAGAAGUGACGUCAGGGUGACGUCGUCCUCUUCCUGUUUGUAGUUUUCCUGUCUCCAAACUACAGAGCAGCAUCCUGUUGAUGCCAGAGAACAUGGCCUUAGCGGGAAAACGUCGCUUUUUGGUGACUCUGCGCUUCUCUUGUUAAAAUCCGCCCGUCGCUUGUGUCCGAACCGCGGCCGCCAUGUGCCAGGAGGGGGGCGAGGCGCAGCAGGAGGACUGCGGCUCCAGGGAGGAGUGGACGCUGUUAUUCUGGACCUCUCUGGCCGUCAUCAUCCCGGUCAUCCUGACGCUGUGGUGCAGCGCGCAGCGCUCCAAGAGGAAAACCUACAUCAAGGAGUUCUUCAGGAAGAGCAAACACGGCUGGCAUUACACUGACCUGUUCAAUAAGCCCACCUACUGCUGCGUCUGCUCCCAGCACAUCCUGCACGGAGCUUACUGCGACUGCUGCGGCGUGUGCGCGGAUGAGGAAUGUUUGCAUCGGGCCGACCGGAGCCUCCCCUGCAAAGAGAUCGUGGCUCCGUCCCGACCCGACGGAACCAUGGAGCACAGCUGGGUCCGCGGAAAUGUGCCACUGGCUAGUUACUGUGCUGUGUGCAAACAGCAGUGUGGUACCCAGCCCAAACUGUGCGACCUCAGGUGCGCCUGGUGUCAGACCACAGUCCAUGACGACUGCGUUGAUGGCUUAGCGGAUGGAGACGUGUGUGAUCUGGGCGAAUUCCACAGCCUCAUCAUCCCUCCGCACUACCUCUACCGCGUCAACAAGUUGCGGCGCCGGCAUCCUGAUGAGUUCAGCAAGCUGGGGGCCUCCUGUGGGAGCAGCUGGACUCCUGUAUUGGUUUUGGCCAACACACGAAGCGGCAACAACAUGGGGGAGGCUCUGCUGGGAGAGUUUCGAACCCUUCUCAACCCUGUGCAGGUGUUUGACCUAUCUGAGCUGACUCCUUCCAAAGCCCUCCAGCUGUGCACCUUACUCCCCCCCGGCAGGGUCCGGGUGUUAGUAUGUGGAGGUGAUGGCACUGUGGGCUGGGUCCUGGAUGCAAUUGAUGCAAUGAAGCUCAAGGACCAAGAUCAGUUCAUCCCCAGGGUGACCAUUCUGCCUCUGGGAACAGGAAAUGACCUUUCCAACACUUUAGGCUGGGGAGCUGGGUAUGCUGGAGAGAUCCCCGUGGAGCAGGUUCUCCGUAAUGUUCUGGACGCCGAAGUGGUCAAAAUGGACAGAUGGAAGGUGCAGGUAGCUUCAAAGGGCGUCUACUUUCGAAAACCAAAGGUUCUGUCCAUGAACAACUACUUCUCUGUAGGGCCUGAUGCUCUGAUGGCGCUCAACUUCCACGCUCAUCGCGAGAAAACGCCCUCCUUCUUCUCCAGCCGCAUCAUAAACAAGGCUGUGUAUUUCCUGUAUGGCACCAAAGAUUGUUUAGUGCAGGAGUGUAAGGAUCUGGAUAAGAGGAUUGAGCUGGAGUUGGAUGGGGAGAGAGUGGCACUGCCCAGCCUGGAGGGCAUAAUCGUUUGUAACAUCGGCUACUGGGGAGGAGGCUGCCGGCUUUGGGAUGGUAUGGGAGACGAACCCUGCCCCCCGACUCGGCUGGACGACGGGCUGCUGGAAGUUGUGGGUGUUUUUGGAUCCUUCCACUGUGCUCAGAUACAGGUCAAGUUGGCCAACCCUGUUCGACUGGGACAGGCACACACUGUCAGGCUGGUUCUGAAGAGCUCCACAAUGCCGAUGCAGGUAGACGGGGAGCCUUGGGCUCAGGGACCCUGUACCAUCACCAUCACCCAUAAGACCCAGGCGUUCAUGCUGUACCACAGCGCUGAGCAGACCGAUGAUGAUGACGAGUCCAGCGGCUCUGAGGCGGACAGCCCGGCGCCUUGUGGCUCCUCCAGAACCCCCUAGUUGGCCACUGUGAUCCCAAGCUCCUCGUGUGUUUGUUACUGCCUUUCAGUCUGAUUUCACUGGUCCAUCAUUUGAUCGAGUUGGUCUCUACUUCGUAUGCCCACUCAUUUUUGAGGGAUCGCAUCUGAUCGAUUUUGUGCAAUAGUUAUAUAGUUUUAAAUAUUUCACAUAACUAAAUGAAAAGUCUAGAUUCUUCAAACCCUUAUUUGUUGCAACCCAGAGCUCAGGCGUUUUUACUUUCUGGAGCAGUCAGGACGAGUGAGGAUAUGUUAAAGAAAGCUUUCUGUGUAUUUGCACUGAUCCCUUGUGCCAUAUUGUGCUAUUUAUUCUGCUUUAUUUAAAACGGUUUUCCUUUCAGUAAACCAAAUCUGACAUGUUUCCCAAGUCCUCUAAAAGCCAAAUUUAAACCUUCAGCAGGCCAUGAAGCUGUGAUACAAAGAGUCCUGUUGCCACCAACUCUCAGUGGUUCCUUUAUGAAAGUUUUAUGGUAAAAACUAAACAAAAAAGGUUCAGUAAUCAGUUAAUGCUGAAAUGUUUGCCAAAAGAUUCAUGAAGUUGAAUGAAAAGAAACUUCUGAGACAGCGACCUUUGUCAGGGACUUUUUUUUUUUUUAUUUUUUUUAUUGAUUUUAUGUGAUAGCCCAACACAAAGCAUAACUAGUAAGAGGAACGAUGAUGGUUUUCAUUAAAAAAAUUGCUUAUUGAAUGCAUUUGCAUUCAAUACCACAAGUAUUUUAUAGAAGCAGCAUUUGCAGUCAUUGCAGUUGCUUUUGUUUCUGUCUCUAAUAAUUUUUUCUGAUCUUUAAAAAAAAAAAUAGCUCUGCAUAAGUUCAAUGGGUUUGAAA